AUGGUUGACCCGUCCGCCAGCGAGCUCCGGGGGUUGAACAACCUCCAGGACAUCCAGAACUGGGUCGGUCUCCAGCCCACUGUGUGGGCGGCUUUGCAGUCCGAGCUCGGGGAGGUUGCGCAGAUCCGCGAGGUCGUCCUCAUUCCUCCUCAUGCUUGGAUCGCCGGCGUGGCGGCCGCCCGGGUGCAGGAUGCCACCCCUGAAGGCGGGGACCCCCCACCGCCCCGUCCUCUCCGUGGCGUCGAGUUGGGGCAUGCGCGGGGGUUUCGUCGCGUCUGCCGGCUGCGCCUCGGACUACCUGCCGACGAAGAAGGCGAGGGCUCCCCUUCUGGGGGCGGCGGCGGAGUGGCGGCGCCGGGGAACCCUCUUGGGCCCCCGGAGGUCGUCAAUGCGAGCUCCAUCAGGAAGGUCAAGAUGUCGACCAUCUUCGACCAGGCGGACGACUCCGAGAUCGCCCCCUGGUCGGCCCAACGGACGCGAACGGUCAUGGCGGCCUUCAAGGCGGCCAACGACGACGAGGACCCCGAGCCAGACGAGGACGUCACUGGGGACCAGCUGGCGGCCUUGGAGCAUCGCAUCCAGACGGGCGCGUGCCCCUGCCCCGACUUCGGGGUGUGGCGGCCGUACGGCCAGCGGUUCGCGCGCACCCUCAAGCUGGUCGUGCAUCACAUCACGCCGGCCGGCGACUACAGGCCUUACGAGGUGCCAGGGCCGCCGACGUUCGCGGAGUGGCUGCCUGCGUUCCGAGUUUUCUCGGUCGGCAUGCGUGCGCUCGGGGCCGCCACGACCACGAGGCUCCAGCUGUACCAGAACAAGAUCUCCAAGUUCAACAACACCUACGGCGAGGUCUGUUGGUGGUUGGUCGCGCUGGCGGAUCAGCGGAUGCGAUCCGAGCGCAUGGAGCGCAUCAGGAGGCGCGCCGAGGAAGAGUACGCGGCUGCGCAGGUUUCGGGGGCGCCGCACGCCUUCGACCCGAAGAUGCCGUGGGACUACUGCUUCAAGGCCGCCGCUGCCGACUCCGAUUUCUGGGAUGAGGAGCUGGGGCGCAAGGCGACGCUCUGGGACCGCGCAGCCUCGGACUCCAGCCAGUUUGGAGGCAGCGGCCGCGGUCGCAGCGGAGGACGCGGCGGGGGCCGUGGCGCCGCGGGCGGCGGCAAAGGCAACGCGAAGCAUCCGGACGGCAGGUGGCGUGGGGACGAGAGAGGCAAGCCGCUUUGCUGGGCGUGGAACCACAACGCCAAUGGGUGCAGCGAGGUGUGCGCCAACGGCAGGGUGCACGCCUGCGAGUGGUGCAGGUCCCCAAAGCACAGAUCCAUCGAGUGCCGCCAGAAGCCUGACGGGUGGUCGCCGCCCCAGUCGAGCGAACGGCCAGCGGACCCGCUGGGGAAGAUGCGGAAGACAGAACUGCUCGACGAGGGCGGCGGCGCGUCGGUGCGUCAGUUGGGCACCCGCCUUCGGCAGAUUUUCGGCUGCGCGGGCGAUGCCUCGGCGCCCGCCGAUGCAGGCGCCGCCCCGGGAUCAUCCGGCGCCGCGGAGUCGGGUCACCGAGAGCACAGGCACGACCCGCUGCCGCACCGGGGGCGUUCGGUUCUUGCCGGCGCCUCUGGAGGCAGCCCUCCCCGAGUGGAGAAGCAUGCGGACCAGUCGCGGGGCACCCGCCCUCGAGCCCGCUCGCGCUCAGCUGCCGGUCGGGCCGCGCGGAUCGACGACCUCCGCGCGAAGCGCGACCGCUUGCAGGAGGUCAUCCGCCAGCGGAAGGACCGGUUGCGCCUGGCCGGGGUGCGCCAGGAGGCCGAGGCGUCUGGGCGGGGUCGAGCCGCGCAAGACGCAGGCGGACGAUCACCCCCAAAGGCACCAGCGGGCACGUCGCUUGCCAACCCGACGGCUGGCUCCCGGGCGGCGCGGCGGGCAGAAGAGAACGAGGCGUGCAUCGGCGGGCUCCGGGCGCCGUGGAAGGCCGUCAAGAAGCUCCCGAUGCUCGCGGAGACCGGUCGGAAGAUCGGGGCCUUCCUCGACGAGUUCUUGGACCAGCAUCCCGAUUUCCUCGACCUCCCCGACGGCGGCGAGCGCGCUCAGGAGCUGGUCCGGGAUCCGCGCCUUCGCGCGGCGCGGGAGGACUUGCGUCGCGCCCUCGGCGCGAAGGAGGCCAAGGCGCAUAAGCGGACGCCCUGGAAGCGGGACAUCGUCGAGGCGCACGUGGCUGCCUCGCAGGACCCGGAGGUGCACCUUGGAGAUUGGCUUCGGGACGGCGCCCCCAUCGGCGUGGCCAGACCGGUGCCGAGCUGCGGGAUCUUUCCCCAACUCGGCCCGGCCGCGAAGGAGCGCACGCAGGCGCAUGAGGUGCUAUCGUUGCUGGAGGCGCACGGCAACUACAAGAGCUUCGAGGAGGCCAGGGUGCACGCGGAGCCCGAGAUCGAGAGGAUCAUCAAGGAGGGUUUCGCGGUCAGGUUCAAGUCCUGGAAGCAGGUCGUCGGCACUUACGGCCCGGUUGCGGCGUCCAGGCUCGCUUGCAUCGUCAAGGACCGGAAGGACGGCACGAAGAAGGCCAGGAUCAUCAUCGACCUCCGCAGAUCGGGCGUCAACAGGUGCGUGCAGGUCGACGAGAGGAUUGUGCUUCCGCGCCCGAAGGACAUCCUCAGCAAUGCCAUGCACCUUCUGCGCCACGCCGCGGAGGACGCGGAGGUCGAGGCGAUGGCGUUGGAUUUCAAGGACGCCUUUCACACGCUGCCAGUCCAUGCAGACGAGCUCCCGUAUGGCGUGGCGAAGGUCUUUGACGGCGAGUACGUGGUGUUUCGUACGGUGGUCUUCGGCGGCGAGGCGAGCCCGCUGCUCUGGGGCCGCGCGGCGGCGUACGUCAUGCGCGGUGCGCAGUCGAUCUUCGAGCCGGAGCAUCUCCUGGGCGAGUGCUACGUCGACGACCCCCUGGUGCUCGCCGUCGGCACGGCCGAGACGCGGAGGCGGCGGUUCGCCAAGUUCCUCCUCUGGCCCAUCCUUCUGGGACUGCGGCUUUCUUGGGCCAAGGUCUCGCGGGGGAGGCGGGUCGAGUGGUGCGGCGUGGAAUACCGCCUCGUCUCGCGGUACGUCGUGCAGGCGGUGCUGGCGCAGGCUUUCGCGCAGGAGUUCAAGGCGGAGAUCGAGCAAGCGACGAGGCGGCCGCUCAUUACGCGGUCGGAGCUGCGGCGCAUCGCGGGGAGGGCGUCGUGGGCGACAGGUCUGGUGCCGACGAUGCGCUCUUUCAUCGACAGCCUGUGGGCCACGCUGGCCGACCUCAAUGCCGCGUCCAAGGGGGAUUCGGGGAUCCCCUGGAUCGGCAGGGACCCCCAGCCAGCUGCGCAGACCUCGCGCAUCAUUGUCGCGUUGGCGUGGUUGCAUGCCUUCCUUGAGGGCGUUGUCACGGGUGGUGAUCCUGGUCGGACGGUCGACGUCAGGGAGUGGUUCCGGCAGCCGUCCAUCGAGAUCGUCUGCGAUGUUUCCCCGUGGGGCCUGGGGGCGGUCCUAUGGGUCGACGGGGCCGCUCGCGCUUACCUUUUCGACGAGGUCGGCCCGGCGGACGUCGAGGAGCUGGGGGUCGAGAAGGGUUCGUGCAAGGCCCAGGCGGUCCUGGAAGCGCUGGCCAUUGCGGUCGCGGCGCGGACUUGGCUUCCCAGGUGGGCGCAGCACCGGACUGGCGUUCGAGUCAAGAGCGACUCCAUGGCGGCGCUCGGGGCCCUUGGUAAGAUGGCCAGUCCAACGCCCGCCAUCAACAAGAUCGCCAGGGAGAUCGCCCUCGACGUGGCGCAGAGUCGGUACGGCAUCGACGUGCUGGAGCACGUGCCGGGCGAGCUCAACGACGUCGCGGACGCACUGUCGAGGGCCUUCGAGCCGGGCGGGCGCUUCGCGCUCCCCGAGGUCUUGCGGCAGGCUGGGUGCACGCGGACUCCCGUGGCCGCGCGCGACGGGUCGUGGUGGCGCUCCAUGGCCCUCACGCGGACGGUGCUGGACAAGGGCGCAGGCUCGUUGGAGCGGGGCCUCCCGCGAGUGAUCCGCGUCGUCAACGCUCCCGCCGACGCGCUGCACGAGGGGCCGAGGCGAAGGUGGGAUGAGACGGCGGCAGCGGCGCCAGCCAAGCGUGCCUGCUUGGCAGGGGCGCUGCAGGUCAUCGGAUGUCCGCAGCGCUCCGCUGCCGCCGCCGCAGAGUUCAGGGAAGCCACCCUGGCGGUGACGACGAGGCCCGUGAUGGACAGCUACACGAAGGCCCUCGUCUCGCUGGCCAGGGCGGGCGGCUUCGAUUUGCUGCCGUUUACGCCAGAGAAGGCUUACAGGAUCGGCGGCGCGCUGCGUGCGGCCGGGUACAGGUCCACAGCGUGCUAUCUGGAGAGGUAUAAGCAGAUGCACGUCGAGGAGGACUACGAUUGGUCGGUCAGGCUGCACGGUGUGAUGAGAGGGUGCCGACGUGCGUCGAUCAGGGGCCUCGGGCCGCCGACGCACGCGGCGGUCUUCACCCUGGAGUCGUGGCUGGUGGCUGCCCAUGUGAAGCGAGCGCACGCCCAGGGCGGUCCGACCGAGCCCGGUCGCUUCAUCACUGUGGGCACUUGGUGGAUGCUGCGGGAGAUCGAGGUGGCCCUCCUCACAAUCGAGCGCGUCCGCUUCCUGGAGGAGACGGACUCAGUUGCCGUGGACCUGGGCGUCACGAAGAAGGAUAUCCAGGGCUGCGGAUGCACCCGGGUGCACUCGUGCAUCUGCCAGUGCAGGCCGGAGUGGCAAGCCAUCUGCCCAGUGUGCGUCGUCCGAGCCCAGCUCCAGAAGCGACGGGCUGACCAGGCGGAGCCUUGCGACCCAUUGUUCGCGGACGCCGCCGGCUACGCGGUCGUCAAGAGGGCCGCGGUCGCGACCAUGCGCGCGCUGCUUGUGCCGGAGGGCGCUGGACAGGUGAACGGCCACUCCUUGCGGCGCAUGGGCGCGCAGCUGCUCGCCGCGGCAGGCGUCGAGCAGUGGCUGGUCGAGUGGUUCGGCCGAUGGGGCUCCGACGCCGUCAAGCGCUACGUCGAGGACGCGCGGUCGCGGGCCCCGCAGGCACGGUCUCUGGCGCUUCGGGCGGCCCGAAGCGAUGCCAACGUGGAGCCGGGGCCUGCGACGAUGGCCGCGGCCGGGGCGCGCGAUGCCCCGCUGGCGCGCGAAGGGGAGGAGGAGCGCCAGGGCGGCGCAGCUGGCCCGAUCGGCCUCGAGGAGUUGGUCGGGCGCCUCGUGGAGGAGAGGAUGCGGGAGAGGGAGGAGAGGUUACGCCUCGUCUCCUACGCUCUCGGCAAGACACAUGUCGCGAGGGCCCGCGCGUGCGAGUCGAGAGUGCCCCGCGAGCGGAGCUCGCUGUGCGGCUGGCAUUUCGGAGGUCUCCCACAGUCGGCCCUCACCUUCCAUGAGGGGCGCGCUGACUUGCAUGACGCCUGCAGGAAGUGCGUCCGGCUCGCGGCCUCGCGUGGCUGGCCGGUGGACUGCGCUGCAGCCGGCGCCGGCGGCGAGCGUGGCGAAGGCAGCUCGUCCUCGCAGUCAUCCGAUUCCGGUUCUGGGUCGGACAGGCCGCCGUCGGACGAUGCCGAGGCGGGUCGAGGCGAGACCGAGGACGAGGCCCCCUGCACAUGCCUGACGUCCGUCGUCGCGUACAGGCAGGCCAAGGGCGCCCUGAACGUGUCCGGCGAGCUCGGGGAGCUCUGUGGCUGCAGAGGCGACGUGCUUGGAGAGGUCGAGGACCUCGAGGAGGACACGGAGUCGCGCGCAGCGCUUCUGGUCCCUCACACGGACCUGCAGCUGAGAACUUGUUACGAGCUGGGGAAGGAGCUGGGCAGGGGGUCCUUCGGCGUCGUCCAGGAGGCCGUGAUGCUGCCCGUCCCCGCCUGGGCGGGCAAGGCGCCAGAGGCGGGUCCAGCCGACCGCCCCAGAGGCGGGGGGCGCGUCGUGGCGGUGAAGGUCUUCUCGACGUCGGGCGGCUCGAAGGGAGCCAGCACCGGCGCGGGCGAGGUGGCUGCUUCCACGCCGCGGCCCACGAGGGCUUGUGGUGUUCUGCCCCCGUGCGCGAACGCCUACGAGGUCGCGGAGUACACGCCGAGGUCCACGGGGGCCUGUGAUGCCCCGCCUGCGGGUGCGAACGCCUGCGACCGGGGCGACGUCGACGCGGGCGGCUCGCUGGCCACGCUGUUGGCUGCUGGAGACCGGAGAAGCGCCGCCUUUCUCAGGUCCCUGAACUCCGGGCGUCUUGAGCCGACGUGGGUACGGCGCUUUGACCUCACCCCUCUCCGCAUGACAGUGCACAUGCUGCUGCACAACAUCAUGGGAGGCCCGGCCGACCAGCCAGAAAGUUCGAAUUUCGGCUCCAGGGCGGGCGAAGGUAGCCCGUCUCCAUAA